AAAAAGUGAACAUAAACGCAUAAAAUUUGUUUGUGUGCAAAAUCAGAGAAAAAAGGCAAAUAUCAAUUAAAUAUUUAAAACGAUUUUUAAUUAAAUUGAAAAAAAAAACAUGGGCGAUGCGGCGGAUAAACGUCCAGAAUGGGGCAAAAAAUUGUCAAAAUAUAUGCCACUACCACAACGCGUUGUCAUGGCCAUAAUGGGGUUUUUAUCCAUCAUCAACAACUAUACGCUGCGUAGUAGCAUUUCCGUUACAAUCACCCGUUUGGUUUUAGAGCGCUCCUAUUCGAAUGAAACAACAUCCAGUGGAGAGGUGUGUCCAAAACCAGAUGUAGCCGAGGAAGAAAUGAAGACACCAAGUGGUGAAUAUGACUGGUCACAAGAGUUGCAAGGAUAUAUACUCGGCUCUUUUUAUAUUGGAUACAUAUUAGGCCAUUUACCUGCCGGUAUGCUAUCCGAAAAGUACGGCGCCAAGUGGGUGCUGGUCGUUGGAAUGUCUACAGCUACCAUUCUAACAUUAUGCACACCGCUAUGCAUUACAUUACUCGGCCCGAUUGCCUUAAUCGUUCUACGUACGGUAAUGGGUUUUGGCGCUGGCUUUUCGUAUCCCUCGUGCAGCGCUCUUUUGGCCCAUUGGGUGCCCAGACAUGAACGUAGUUUACUUGGUGCCUUUAUUAUGGGCGGUGGUCAGAUGGGUACUGUUUUGAGUAAUAGCCUAUCAGGCGCUUUAUUGCGCUAUUCAACAUGGCCUUUGGUGUUUUAUACAUUUGGCACAUUAGCCACUUUGUGGAUAUUGUUUUUUAUAAUAAUGUGCUUCAGUGAUCCCGAUUCGCAUCCGUAUAUUGGUGACAAGGAAAAAGAAUAUCUCAUGAUACACAUGGGCCGCCUAGGGCGCGAGCAUAAUCUGCCAAGAUUUCCUUGGGGUGAAGUAUUCAAAACUAAAGAAAUCUGGGUGCUAAUUUUGGCGCAAAUUGCACACGAUUGGGGAUUUUAUGUAAUGUCUUCAUGUUUUCCCAAGUUCCUGAAUGAUGUGUUACAAUUGCAAAUUCUCAAAACCGGCAUUUAUUCAUCAAUUCCAUUUCUAUUAUUUUGGUUGUUUUCACUUUUAUUUGGCUUCAUAGCAGAUUUUAUAAUUAAACGUAAUGUGAAUCGAGCUACGUGUGCACGCAAAUGGAUGACAUUUAUUGCUGCUACACCUUCUGGUCUCUUCAUGGUUUUAGCUGUGUAUGUCGGCUGCAAUACGACAUUGAUAAUCGGGUGUUUCACCAUCUCCAUGGCCCUGAUGGGCGGCUUCUAUGCUGGUAUAAAAUUGACUCCGAACGAUAUGUCACCAAAUUAUGCCGCUACUGUGAUGGCCAUUGUAAACGGAUUGGGUGGCAUUGCUGGUGUACUCGCUCCAUAUUCCGUAGGAUGGUUAACAAAACAUACCCUCUUACCUGAAUGGCAGAAAGUAUUUUGGCUAGCGCUUGCUAUUCUCACUAUACCAACAAUCCCAUUUUGUAUUUGGGGCACAGCUGAGGUACAGCCAUGGAAUGAGCCCGCCAAGAAUGAAUGACUUCGGCUGACCUUACAUAUUUGCGUUAAAUUUACUCAUUUUUAUCAGAUAUGAUAAUGGUUAUUAAAUAGUGUAGAAGUAUAGCCCUGUAGCCGACAUAUAUUGGAAAAA